ACUGAAUACCGAUAGCCGAAAGGCCAGCAAACGAAGAAAAGUAUAAAAGCGUAGAAGAGAUCGCUCAAUGUCAAUUCGUUCCAAGUUCUGCAUACUUGAUGAACCAAAUCUCAUGGACAUUGACUCUCCAAACCUUCCGCCACCUUUUGAAAACAUGCAUAGCUCAAAGAGACAUUUUAACAGGCAAAACCCUUCAUGCACUCUACCUCAAAAGCCUCAUACAUCCCUCUACCUACUUUUCCAACCAUUUCAUCCUCCUCUACUCCAAAUGCGGUUGCAUUUCUUCUGCCCACCACUCUUUUAACCUAACCCAGAACCCCAAUAUUUUCUCCUUUAAUGUUCUCAUAGCCGGUUAUGCGAAAGUUUCAUGUUUGAACAUUGCUCAUCAACUGUUUGAUCAAAUUCCCCAGCCGGACUUGGUCUCGUAUAACACGUUAAUUUCGGCUUAUGCGGAUUGUGGAGAAACUGAACAAGCAUUAAGCUUGUUUAAGGAUAUGAAAGACAGGGGUUUUGACAUGGAUGGCUUUACGUUAUCUGGGGUGAUUACUGCCUGUUGUAACGAUGUUUUUCUAAUGAAACAGUUGCACUGUUUUACUGUUUAUGGUGGAUUUGACAAUUAUACUUCCGUGAAUAAUUCGCUUCUUACUUAUUAUGGUAAAAAGGGGUUAUUGGAUGAGGCGAAAAGAGUGUUUCAUGAGAUGGAUGAGAUUAAAGAUGAGGUUUCUUGGAACUCUAUGAUUGUUGCAUAUGGGCAGCAUAGGAAGGGAGAGAAGGCGUUAGAACUGUUUCAAGAAAUGGUUCGUAUGGGAGUAGUUGUUGAUAUGUUUACUUUAGCCACAAUUUUGACCGCGUUCACAUGUGUGGAGGAUUUGUUGGGUGGUCUUCAGUUUCAUGCGAAAUUGAUUAAAUGUGGGUUUCAUCAGAAUUCUCAUGUAGGAAGUGGUUUGAUUGAUUUGUAUGCAAAAUGUAGUGGCGGAAUGCAAGAUUGUAGAAAGGUCUUUGAGGAAAUUCGUAGUCCAGAUCUGGUUCUUUGGAACACUAUGAUAUCUGGGUAUUCACAAAGUGAGGAGUUCAGCGAAGAUGCUCUUGAGUGUUUUAGGAAGAUGCAACAAGUUGGUUAUUGCCCUGAUGAUUGUAGCUUUGUGUGUGUUAUUAGUGCAUGCUCCAGUUUGUCUCCGUCUGUAGGAAAACAGAUUCAUGCAUUAACAAUUAAAUCUUUCAUCCCUUCAAACCAGAUCUCAGUAAAUAAUGCCCUUGUAGCUAUGUAUUCCAAAUGCGGGAACCUUCAAGAUGCAAGAUGGUUAUUUGAUAGGAUGCCAGAGUACAAUACUGUCUCAUUGAAUUCAAUGAUUGCAGGUUAUGCACAGCACGGGGUAGAAAUGGAGUCAUUAUAUCUCUUCGAAUGGAUGUUGCAGAAAAAUAUUCCCCCCACAAGUGUAACCUUCAUCUCUGUCCUUUCUGCAUGUGUGCACACUGGAAAAGUUCAGGAGGGUCAGAAAUACUUUAGCAUAAUGACAGAUCAAUUUGGAAUUGAACCAGAAGCUGAACAUUAUUCAUGCAUGAUUGAUCUUUUUGGCCGAGCAGGCAAACUGACUGAAGCUGAGAAGCUCAUUGAGGCGAUGCCUGUUAGCCCUGGCACAUUUGGUUGGGCAGCACUACUCAGUGCCUGUAGAACACAUGGAAACACGGAGCUAGCAUUGAAAGCAGCUAAUCAGUUACUUCAGCUGGAACCCUCAAAUGCUGUUCCAUAUGUUAUGCUUGCAAAUAUCUAUUCAAGCGCUGGUAAAUGGGAAGAGGUGGCUACAAUUAGAAAGCUGAUGCGUGAUAGAGGUGUGAAGAAGAAACCUGGCUGUAGUUGGAUUGAAGUGAACAAAAGGGUACAUGUCUUUGUGGCUGGAGAUAGUUCACACCCAAUGAUAAAGGAAAUUCAUGUGUACCUGGAGGAGAUGUCAAUGAAGAUGAAACGAGCAGGCUAUGUCCCAGAUGUGAGAUGGGCUUUGGUUAAGGAUGAUGAAAUAGAGCAUGGAGAGAAGGAGAAACUAUUGGUGCAUCACAGUGAGAAGCUAGCAGUUGCAUUUGGGCUGCUCUCAAGUAAAGAUGGGGAACCGAUACUUGUAGUAAAGAAUUUGAGAAUAUGUGGAGAUUGCCACAAUGCAAUCAAAUUUUUGUCCGCUAUUUCUGGGAGGGAAAUCACUGUCAGGGAUACCCAUAGAUUCCACUGUUUCAAGGAUGGACAGUGCUCUUGUGGUGAUUAUUGGUGACAAUGGUUAGAAUUUGAGCUUAAGGGUUUCACCAUAGGAAUCAGCGCAAUGGGAGGGAUUAAUAAUCAUCACAAGUGUAGGUCCUUCCAUGAAUGAAAUUUGGUAUCAUGCAGCAUUAUGCUAAACAAAGUCAUUUACUGGGUGUAGCUAUGGUUAAGCAUUCAAGCUUUCAGUUUUUAUCUCUGCCACCAACAACUCUGUGUCUCACAAAAGGUUUCGAUCUAGUGUGAACAGAAUUUGAAAGAGAGAUGUGUUAAGCAGAUUCAAGAAGGGGCUGGCCCUAAGUAUCAGAAAAGUCAUGAUCAUUCAAUCGAAACACUCUGCUAUCUUCCUCACAGAUGAAGCAAGCCACCAGAAUUGCAUCAAAAGAAUGUGAAAUUGAAGAUAAGGAUGUUGUGCCUUAUGGAUUUGGCCCUGGGGAAGAUACUUCCUUUUUCUAUUGAUUGCCCCCUGAUCUAAUUGGUUUGGGUAGCUUCUGCAUCUUUUUCCCAUUCGGAUCUUUUCAUGCUCAUGUUUUGGGCAUCUUUAUAGAUCUAAAAGAUUCUACCAAUUGGCCUAGAUAGUAAAUGGAAGUUUGGACUGGCUGGCUUGUUCAUUUGCUGUGACCCCAUUCAAACUUAUGCAAAUGCAGAUAUAAAUGUACUCAGAUUAUACCAUGACAUUAGGAGAAAUUAUCUAUAUAAUCCAGAAGAAUAUUCCACCAAUGGUGAAUAAUAUUAGUUUUUAAACA